AUGCUCCAGGAAAAAGGUUUCCAUGAGAUGUGCGUGACCAAGAAUACAUCGGAAGCUGACAAGCACAAUAUAGUCAAGAAUAUCAACAGUCGCAUGGCUAACCUUGACUACUUUAUCAAUACUCCUAGUAUCUCGGCGGGUAUUGAUUACAAUGUCAGGGAUCAUGUAAACUAUGUUGUAGGAUUCUUCAGCACUCAUAGUAAAGUCAAUGUGGAGACAUGUAGACAGAUAAUGCAGUAUGUCAGGCAUGUCAAGUCCUACACGUACCUGGCUCACGUCGAUAGAGCCACAAAUAAUCCACCAACUUCAGUCCUAGGUGUCCGCGAUUGGAUUAUCAACUACUAUGGAGAAGCCCUCACGCUAGUUGAGGAUGACUUCUACAAUCAACUGUGUAUCCGCAUACAUAUCAAGGAGAACUUAUCGUUGAAUGGCUUUAUACAACGGUUCAUACAGCAGAUGGCGGAUGCUGUUACGUACCGAGGCUUGGGGAGACUUCCUCCGGAUGAACAGCUUCAACUCCUUUGCGCUACUGUUAUAGCAUUAUCUGCUACUUGGCCCGCGGGAGCAGUGCUGCUGGCUCCAACGGAACAGAUGUGUCUGUUUAAGGACGUCAAAAGCCACUGUUUUAUCUUCAUUCACCAGAAAGAACAUCCUUCGGCUCGCCACCAGCCUAAAUUCCGUCCUCAGGCUGGUGACGGUUCUAAAAUUUAUAUCGUCCCUGGAUUUAGGAAAUAA